ACGGAACAGAGUUCCCAGGCCCGACGCGCGGUGGCCUGACGGCCGCGAGGAGUCCAUUCGCCUGACCCGGCCUGGCUUGACCCUGCCCGGGCGCGCCAUGUUCGCGCGUGGGUCCCGGAGGCGCCGCUCGGGGCGUGCGCCUCCAGAGGCAGAGGACCCAGACCGCGGCCAGCCUUGCAACUCCUGCAGGGAGCAGUGCCCGGGCUUCUUGCUGCACGGCUGGAGAAAGAUCUGCCAGCACUGCAAAUGCCCGCGGGAGGAGCAUGCAGUGCAAGCAGUGCCUGUGGACCUGGAACGCAUUAUGUGUCGGCUCAUCUCAGACUUCCAGCGCCACUCCAUCUCAGAUGACGACUCAGGCUGUGCAUCAGAGGAGUAUGCCUGGGUGCCCCCGGGCCUUAAGCCCGAACAGGUAUACCAAUUUUUCAGCUGCCUCCCAGAAGACAAAGUCCCCUAUGUCAACAGUCCCGGGGAGAAGUACAGGAUCAAGCAGCUGCUGCACCAGCUGCCCCCACACGACAGUGAGGCACAGUACUGUACAGCACUGGAAGAGGAGGAGAAGAAAGAACUCAGAACCUUCAGCCAGCAACGAAAGCGGGAGAAUCUGGGGCGUGGCACUGUGCGCAUCUUCCCAGUGACCAUCACUGGGGCCAUCUGUGAGGAGUGCGGGAAGCAAAUCGGAGGUGGGGACAUUGCAGUGUUUGCCAGCCGUGCAGGCCUGGGCACCUGCUGGCACCCACAGUGCUUUGUGUGUACCACGUGCCGGGAGCUGCUCGUUGACCUCAUCUACUUCUAUCAUGCGGGCAAGGUCUACUGUGGGCGCCACCAUGCCGAACGCCUGCGCCCACGCUGCCAAGCCUGUGAUGAGAUCAUCUUCUCCCCUGAGUGCACGGAAGCUGAGGGUCGGCACUGGCACAUGGGUCACUUCUGCUGCUUCGAGUGUGAAGCUUCGCUAGGAGGGCAACGCUAUGUCAUGCGUCAGAGCCGCCCCCACUGCUGUGCCUGUUACGAGGCCCGCCACGCAGAGUACUGUGAUGGCUGUGGGGAGCACAUCGGCCUGGACCAGGGCCAGAUGGCUUACGAGGGCCAGCACUGGCACGCCUCAGACCGUUGCUUCUGCUGUAGUCGCUGCGGACGGGCCCUACUGGGCCGUCCCUUCCUGCCACGCCGUGGCCUAAUCUUCUGCUCACGAGCCUGCAGUCUUGGGUCCGAGCCCACCACUCCCGGGCCUGGCCGCCGCAGCUGGAGCGCGGGCACGGUCACCGCAUCUGUGGCAGCCUCCACAGCCUCAUUCUCUGCUGCAGAGGGGCGGUCUGAGACAGCCACUAAGGGCACCUGCACAGAGUCAGCACCUGGCUCGGAGGAGCCCUCCCGCUUUCUGAGAGGGGCCCCCCACCGCCACUCUAUGCCUGAGCUGGGGCUUCGCAGGGCCCCCGAGCCCCCCGCAGAGUCCACCGGGCAGCCAGACCCACACCCGGACAAUAGUGCCUUCGGUCGCCAGAGCACCCCACGCGUCAGUUUCCGCGACCCUCUGGUGUCUGAGGGAGGUCCUCGGCGGACCCUUAGUGCACCUCCGGCCCAGCGCCGCAGGCCACGAAGUCCUCCACCCAAGGCCCCCAGCCGUCGCCGCCGCCGCCACCACCACCACCACCACUACCGCCACCCUGGCAGACGUCGCCACUAUCAAAGUGACUUGGGAUCAGGGUCAGACUCAGGAUCUUGCUCCAGCUCCCCCUCCAGUUCCAGUUCCGAGUCUUCAGAGGAUGACGGCUUCUUCCUAGGAGAACGCAUCCCCCUGCCCCCACACCUGUGCAGGCCCAUGCAGGCUCAGGAUACUGCAACUGAGACCUUCAACUCUCCAUCCUCACCACCCCCCAGGGACUCUCGCUCAGGGAUGUCUCGACAGGGUCGAGACAAAAACUGCAUCGUGGCAUGAAGGCAGGCAGUCCUGGAAGGGGGUCCAUUCUCCAAUCAGCAUAGA